AUGGUGUCGUUUUUCGGCCUCAGAUUCGGUGGCGACAAAAAGAAGUCUCAGAGCAAGCAACCCGACAAAAAGCAAGUGGCCCAGCAGUCAAAUCAGCGAUAUGGCAAAAACAGCCCCAAUGACAGCUUUAAAUUCCCACCGCCCCAGCAGACCUCCUCCCGGUCGGGCUCCUCGACAUCGACUGCACGAAACUUGGGCUGGCGCGCCACCCUCAAAGGUGUGCCGGCAGCGUUAUCCAUGGUCGAUCUCACAGCGCCCCGGAAACCCAGCAUGGGCAGCCUGCGGCAUGGCCUUGACGGCGGGGGCUUUAAACCUUGGAUGAAGCCGAAUGCGAGUAUGACCAACCUUGCUGUACCGAAUCCUUUUGGUGUAGAUAAGGUGCCGCCACUGCCUGCAGGCUCAAGACAGUCUGCUUUGGUAGAUCCUCUCGACGUUCGUUUUAACAAGAAGUCUGGAAGUAGUACUUCAAAAUCCACAAGUCAGAAUGGAGGCGGCAGUAUACAUGCAACGGGUAGCAAGAGCCCAUUGGGUCAGUCUGAUCUGAGAACCGAGCCAGAGCCGAAGCCAGAGUUGGAGCCAGAGCCGGAACCAGUCUCAAAGGAUUCUGAUAGCCUGGUUGGAUUGGAGGACUUUGAUGAAUUUGGUGAACCUGGGCCCGACGUUGGAGUUCGAGGUUCUGGAUACGCUGGAUAUCCAUCACCUCCUCAGUCGGUCGAAACCGAAGAGCAAUGGCCUCCAAUGUCCCCAACUGAUGGAGAGGUAAGCGCAAAAGCGGAUGUGGAGGGAAACAAGGACGCAGGCACAAACCAGACCCAGCAUCAUUUCAUCGUCCCGGGAUUCGCCAACGGACCUGGCCCUGCUAUGCUUCCUAGCCCAUCCUCGUCGACAUCGCGCAAAAGCGAAGAUACGCGAGGAUCGCCAGUUGUGCAAAACGUUCAUGCAAAACGGGAUACCCUGACAUUUAUAUCCUCUCGGAGAAGAAGCUUUACAAUGGUCGUCGAGGAAGAAGAGCUGGAAAAGCACCGGCAACAACAGCAGCGUCGUGUAGAAGGCCUCGCAGGUAACUUUUCCGAUUUCGACUUUGGUGAUGGGGUGGCGAAGCAGCAGACUGUUGCUGUUGGAACGCUUGGAAUAGAGCUGAUGGAGAGCCCAAUCGAAAUGGAGCGACCUCAUCCGUUCAAGGAUCUCGAGCCUGUUGAAGAUGUUAAAAGUGCCGUGACAAACGAGAACAGCGUGAGUGUUGCAGAUGAAGGUGCUGUUGGCGAUGUGUUAAGUGAACAGGAUGAGCAAAGCGAGCUGAGCGAUACGGCAUCUUUGGCGUCGCCAAUUGCAUCCCCGAUUGAAUCCCCAAUUGAUUCGUUUAUUGCAUCGCCUAUAACAUCACCCAUGGCACCACUAAGGCAAUUUCAGCCCUAUCAGCGCGAUCGGCCUUUCAGCCCUCAGCGACUCCAAGUGGCAAUACCAGAUGAUCCUUUGCCGUCCACAUCGGCACAGCAGCCACUGCCAUCGCCUUCUGCUGUUUCCGCUGGCGUCGAAAGCCCUCGACCCAACAUUCGAAGACCCUCCCAGGUUACAAUGGAAGCUCCAAACACACUGGUAUCAGUUUUGCAUUCGUUUGGAUCCACUCCGCCUCAGGGGUUCAAUUCACGGAUGACGACGGAAUCUCGUGCUCGCGGCCCUCCACAGCCCCUACAGCAGGCCGCAUUUCCAAGUCUUGCCGCCAGAAUGGAGACCCCAUCGCAGAGUCCCCGAUCACCAUAUGGACCUGCUGCGGAUGAAGGCAACUAUAUGCGGACGGAGGAGGCGCCACGACCGCCCCUGGACCGAGUGCCCCUGAGCCCUUUUGCUGCCAGAACCCCUAUGGAGGGCGAGUUUCCAGUUAUGAAGGGCCUUCCUCGAGGGCGACAGCCUCCUCGACCACAGAUUCCUUUUGAAGAUUCCCCAGAGAGACGGACUGAGGAAAGAAGCCCUCGCCCAUUUUCUAGAUGGGGAGGCUUUGGAUUUGACCGGUCAGACUCACGAAAUUCUCCACUGCCAAAACCACCACGCACUCCCAAGGGUCAACCCCCGGCGUCACCAAGCUGGUCCAUCACUACCCCUACAUCCGAUAUUGCGCCGCGAAUUCCCAGCCCGACAUUCCCAUCUCUUGAAAAGGCUAUAUCAGCAACGAGCGAAGAUCUGGCCAAGUCGUUUGAGAUGUCUUAUGAUGCUCCCCAGCCGUCUCCUCUUGCGAACGAAUUCUCCAUCCAUGAUGUGGCUAUCCCUAGCGCAAAAUCAAGCCCCGUGAUACGCGUUGAAGCUAAAAAGGCACCUCCUCGACCUACUCCUUCGCCUAUCAACUUGCCACCGCUUAUGAGAGAGAACGGCCCGUUAACGCCAGGUAACCUGUAUUCUCCUUCAGGAUCGACAUUUAUCUAA